UGAUGUACAAGUAAAUAUCGAAUUAUUUUUUGGGGUGUUUUAAUUUUUUUUCUAUUAGUUAUAUAAUUAAGUGAAAUUAAGUUCGAUUUUUCAUGUGGAUUUAAAAUUCACAAAAAUGGAUUUAACAAAGACAAAAACUGAACAGCCUGAGAUAGUUGCAACAAAAAUACGACAUUUUGACGAAGAUACUGCAGGUAGCCCAAAUGAUACAAAUGGAAUUAAAGACACAAAAAAAACAAAUCCAAUGGAACCAGAAUUUGUUGGUCCAAAAGUAGAAGAACCUCCAAAUGUAGGAUUUUUUAAACUGUUUCGUUUUGCUACAUGUCAAGAUAAGACCAUGAUGUUCAUUGGAUUAUUAGGAGUAUUAGUCACUGGUGCAUGUAUUCCACUUCAAACGCAAGUAUUUGGUUCCAUUACAAACACAAUGGUAGGAUAUGGUUUUGAGCGAGAAAACAUAUGGGAAUCGUUAACACCAGAGCAAAGAGAAGAACGUAACGAAAAGUUUUUAGAUGACGUUUGGUCUUUUGGUAUAAAUUAUUCACUAAUUGGAAUAGUGACAUUUUUAUGCAGUUAUGCAGCAGUUACACUAUUUAAUUAUAGUGCUGUGCGGCAGGCCUAUGUAAUGCGAGGGAUAUUUUUUAAGAAAACAUUAAACCAAGAUAUGUCUUGGUUUGAUUUAAGGGAUUCUGGACAAUUUGCCAGUCGUAUGUCUGAAGAUAUACAAAAAAUUGAAGACGGAAUGGGUGAAAAAAUUCCAAUGUUUAUACAUCAACAAGUUGCAUUCAUUGGAUGUUAUAUUCUGGCAUUUAUUCGUGGUUGGGAAUUAGCUUUAGUUUGUAUGAUAUCACUUCCAAUUACAUCGAUUACAAUGUUCUCUGUGAUGCGUAUUAUUCGAAAAUAUGCAGUCCGAGAGUUAGAUGAAUAUGGUAAAGCCGGGUCGAUUGCUGAAGAAGUCUUGAGUGCAAUUCGAACAGUAAUUGCAUUUGGGGGUGCUGAAAAGGAAUCUGUACGAUAUUCAGAGCGGCUUGUAUAUGCUAAAAAUAAUAAUAUUAAACGAACAAUGUUCAUGGGCAUUGGUUUUGGAUGUUUAUGGUUCUUUAUUUAUUGUACAUACGCAUUAGCGUUUUGGGAUGGUGUUCGAUUAUUGUUACGCGAUAAGGGUAAUCCAGAUGGUGUUUAUGAUACUGGUACUAUGGUUACGGUGUUCUUUAGUGUUCUAAUGGGAAAUAUGAACUUCGGAAUGGCAACACCAUACAUUGAAAAUUUCGCUGGAGCUUGUGGUGCAGCAAAAACAGUAUUUUCGGUUAUAGAUACUGUACCAAAAAUUGAUGCUAUGAGUGAUGAAGGCGAGAAACCAACAAAUAUUCAAGGGUCAAUUACAUUUAAAGAUGUACAUUUUGAAUAUCCGUCUCGAUCAAAUGUUAAAAUUCUUCAAGGACUUAAUUUGACUAUAAAUCGCGGGGAAACUGUGGCUUUGGUUGGUAGUUCUGGUUGUGGUAAAUCUACUUGUAUUCAAUUAAUUCAGCGAUUAUACGAUCCUAGAACAGGAACUGUACUUUUGGAUAAUCGUGAUAUUUCCAAAUUAAAUGUAACCUGGCUACGGUCACAGAUUGGUGUUGUAGGCCAAGAACCAGUGCUUUUUGGGUGUAGUAUUGCAGAAAAUAUUCGAUUUGGUAAUCCAAAAGCCUCUCAACAAGAUAUUGAAAAUGCAGCAAAAAAAGCAAAUGCCCACGAUUUUAUAAUGUCCUUGCCAAAUAAAUACGAAACAAAAGUUGGAGAACGUGGUACUCAAAUGUCUGGUGGCCAAAAACAAAGAAUAGCAAUCGCUAGGGCAUUGGUUCGCGAUCCAUCAAUAUUAUUAUUAGAUGAAGCAACUUCUGCAUUAGAUACAAACAGCGAAGCGAAAGUACAAAAAGCUUUGGAUUCUGCUAGUAAAGGUCGAACAACAAUAAUUGUUGCUCAUCGAUUGUCUACAAUUAAAGGUGCAGAUAAAAUUGUUGUCAUCUCUAAAGGACAAGUGGUUGAACAAGGAACUCAUAGUGAAUUAAUGGCAGUUAAAGGGGAUUAUUACAAUUUAGUUACAGCACAAAUUAGUGUAAAUGAUCCGGAAGAUGAGGAUACAUUUGAUGAUGAUUCUGUUAUUCCAGGCAAUUUCAAUUCGAAAAAAAUGGCUCAACGACAAAUGAGUAAAAUUAGUGCAUUAUCUUCUGGCAGUCUCGAAUCGCAAGGAUCUCAACCAGAACCGCCUGUCACGGAUUUAGACGAUUUUGAAGAUGAUCCAGAACCUUUAUCAAUAAUUGAUGUUCUAAAACUAAACGCUCCAGAAUGGUACAUAAUUAUAAUUGCUUGUAUUGGUUCCAUAAUUAUGGGUACUUCCAUGCCACUAUUUUCAGUUAUAUUCGGUGAUAUCCUUGGUGGUCUUUCUGGAGAUGAUGAGGAAGAAAUUCGUAAGUCAACGAACAAUAAUGCCAUAUUAUUUGUUGGACUUGGUGCGAUUGUAGGUGUGAGUACAUUCUUGCAACAAUAUAUGUUUGGAAUAGCUGGUGAGAAAUUAACAAUGCGUUUAAGAGGUCAACUUUUUUCGGCUAUGUUGAAACAAGAAAUUGGUUAUUUUGAUGAUCCAAAACAAGGAACCGGUACAUUAUGUGCACGGUUAUCAACAGAAGCGUCUGCUGUUCAAGGAGCAACUGGAAGUCGUAUUGGUACAAUCCUUCAAUCAUGUUCCACAGUUGUAUUUGGAGUGGGCUUAGCUGUAUAUUACGAGUGGCGAAUUGGAUUAGCAACACUUGCGUUCUCACCAUUUAUUUUACUUGCAACAUAUUUGGAACGGUCACAGAUGAUGAGUCAAAAUAAAAAAAAUAAAGGUGAUAUUGAACAAGCUGCUAAAUUGGCUGUGGAAGUUGUUAGCAAUAUUCGUACAGUGGUGUCAUUGGGACGUGAGAAAACAUUUUAUGAAGAAUAUAUUACUUUGCUGUUACCAAGUUUUAUGAAACAAAAAAGAUCCGUACAUUUCCGUGGAAUUGUGUUUGGUUUAGGCAGAAGUUUAAUGUUUUUCGCUUACGCAACUGCCAUGGUUUAUGGAGCUUAUUUAAUUGUAAAUGACGAUUUGGGUUAUGAUCGUGUUUUCAAGGUAUCUCAAGCACUUAUAAUGGGUACAACGUCCAUAGCACAAGCAUUUGCCUUUGCACCAAAUUUCCAAAAAGGUUUACAAGCAGCUGGUAAUAUUAUCAGUUUAUUGAAUCGAAAACCGAAAGUUUUUAGCGCCCCUGGUACAAAACCAGAAAAUUGGACUUGUCAAGGUGAUAUAGAAUACAAAGCCAUUCAGUUUAAGUAUCCAUCCAGGCCUGAUUCAUUAGUAUUACGUAAAUUGGAUUUAUCUAUACAAAAGGGUGAAACCGUGGCUUUAGUUGGUCCAUCAGGUUGUGGAAAAUCGACUGUUAUACAAUUAUUGGAACGAUUUUAUGAUCCUAAUAGUGGUAGUAUUACGCUUGAUAAUAAAUCAAUCCAUAACGAUGUACAUUUAGAUACAUUACGUUCCCAAUUAGGUAUUGUUUCACAAGAACCUACUCUGUUUGAUCGUACUAUUGAACAAAAUAUCGCUUACGGUGAUAAUUCACGUCAAGUAUCAAAACAGGAAGUUAUGGAAGCAGCAAAGAAUGCAAAUAUUCAUACAUUUAUCACUUCACUACCUUUGGGCUAUGAUACAAAAAUUGGUGAUAAAGGUACUCAAUUAUCAGGUGGUCAAAAACAACGUGUUGCCAUAGCUCGAGCUUUGGUACGUAAUCCAAAAAUUUUAUUGCUAGAUGAAGCUACAUCUGCCUUGGAUACGGAAAGUGAGCACAUUGUUCAAGAUGCGUUGGAUAAAGCACGUAAAGGUCGUACAUGUAUUACAAUUGCACAUCGAUUAUCAACCAUACAAGAUGCUGACACAAUAUUCGUCAUAAAUAAGGGAAAAGUUGUUGAAAUUGGUACACACCAAUCUUUAAUGGCUUUGAAAGGUGUUUAUUAUAAAUUACAAACUUUAAGUUCCAAAAAAUUAAGUUAAUUUAAUUUAGCAAACUCGAUCUCACAAAAUUUAUGAGUACCUCGUGCCAGUGGAAAGCGAGAUACUCAAGUUUUAACGUUAUGAAUUCCAUUAUAUUUUUAUACGUCUUAUUUUAUAUUGUACCCUUUUUUUC